GCUUAGUUCAGGACGUCGGUCCGCUCGCGGCGCGCCGCUAUUUCGCAGAGAGAGAAGCGCUAUUGCUGAGCAACGGGGGGAGAGAAGGCCGACGCACGGAGCCAGCCUGAACUGCAGCAGCAACGGGGCUGGGCUCCACAAACACACCUUCAUCCGAAAACACGCACCAGAAAGGAAGAAAACGGGAUGGCCUAGCCGUGUUGUGUUGUCAGCAGUUGAUCAGCAGUGAGCUACGUGGACCACAGAUUCGCUGACCUACUGCUCUGAGGCAGCAGCAGGUUGCAGAGAUGAGUGUGACCUCGUGGUUCCUGGUGAACAGUGGGGGUACUCGCCACCGACUCCCCCGGGAAAUGAUCUUUGUCGGCCGGGAUGACUGCGAGCUCAUGCUACAGUCCCGCAGUGUGGAUAAGCAGCACGCAGUCAUCAACUACGAGGCUGGGACAGACGAACACAAAGUCAAGGACCUGGGCAGCCUGAAUGGGACCUUUGUAAAUGAUGUCCGCAUUCAGGAGCAGAUGUACAUCACUCUGAAGUUAGAGGACAAGCUGAGGUUUGGAUAUGAUACCAACCUGUUCACGGUGGUGAGAGGAGAGCUCACUGUGCCUGAAGAGGCUCUAAAACAUGAAAAGUUCACCAGCGGACUCCAGCUCAGCAAGAAGCCGUCCAGCGGUGAAACCACUACCACGACAACCACAAGCAAGUCCCCUGCUAAGACCCCAAUAAAGACGCUGAAGUCCCCCGGGGGCAGCAACCCAAGGCCAGUAGAGAGUAGAGCAACGGACGGGGUCACUUCCUCCAGAGAGUCACCAGCUAAACCUGCGGACACUCACAAGGCAGAGGAGAGGACAGGAGGGGAUGUUGCAGCGGUGCCUCGUGGGACCCCGCUGUACGGCCAGCCGUCUUGGUGGGGGGAUGGGGAUGCAGAUGAUGAGAACUCCUUCAAACAGGAAAUCAAGUCAUCCAACAAAAAACACGACAGCUCCAUUUCAGACAAAGAGGCUCGUCGAGGGGAGAAAGCUAAAGAGGACGGCCUUCAUGCCUCCACCUCCCACGAUUCAAGCUACUUUGAGAUGCCGACUAAGGAGGGUCACAUGGCCAGUAAUGGCAUACAUGAGAUUCCCACCAAGGACACAGAGGGCACCGCCUCUCAAAACUCUUCAGCUCAAGGACACGCGUCCUUCACCAUUGAGUUUGACGCCACUUCUCCAGGAAAAGUCACCAUCAAAGACCAUGUGUCAAAGUUCACACCCGACCACCACAGAUCGCGCUCCAAGAAGAGUGGAGCAGGAAGCGGAGGAGCCGGAGGGAGGGACUUGAGCACACUGCAAGCUGCUAUGAUGGCAUCGGAGAGCAAGGUCGCUGAUUGGCUGGCCCAGAACGACCCCACACUGGUGCGCAGCGAGUCAACAGAAGACGACAGCAAGAGCAUCAAGAGCGAUGUGGCGGUCCAUCUCAAAAGGCUAAAAGGCAGCAAACAUGAGGAUGGCACCCAGAGUGACUCAGAAAAUGGGCUAGGCCUUCGUUUUGCCAACCGCCGCCACGCCCUCGAAGAACGCCUAAAAGCAGCACAUGGCCUUGUGGGAGCCGGAGUGGGGAACAUAACUGCUAGUGGGUCCAGAACAAGUGGCAGCCGCACUUCCUUCAUGAUCGAGUUCUACGACGAGGAAAACCAUCGCAAGCGCCGGUCAUAUUCGUUUUCCCAGACUGCAUCCCUGCAGGGGCUAGGAGCUGGAGGGGAGGGGCUAUGUCCUCAGCCUCCCUCUCACCCCAAGGUGUUCAGCAUUUCCACCUCUGCUACUACAGCUUCGGAAUCAGGUAAGAUCCCAGCUCCGAUACCGGCGACAGUGACUGCAGGUGCCCCUACGGCUGCCCGUGUCCUUCUCAAGCAGAGGUCAGAGGACCAGAGUAUCGGUCGCAGCUCAGUCAGUACUGGGCUGGCGACAGGCAGCCCCACCAGCCCCAGCGACACCUCGGUCGUGGGGAGAGGAGCGGGAACUGCUGGAGGGGAGGCAGCAGAUGACCACAGCGAUAAGGGGACCUACACUAUCGAACUGGAGAACCAGAACGCAGAGGAGGAGGAGGCCAGGCGCAUGAUAGACAAGGUGUUCGGUGUGCAGCAGAACCAGGACUCCUCUCGUCUGUCAGACCUGAAAAGAGAAGGAAAAGGAAAAGAGAUCGGGGAGACGGGGAAAGAGGCUCUUCCUGGCGAUUCGAGUUGGGUCUCUCAGUGGGCCAGUCUAGCUGCCAAUCACACCAGGACCGACCCUGAGGGCUCAGGAGCAGAAACAGCCGCCUUCCUCCACAAAGAGAGAGUAACUGAUGCCUUUGAGUCGGGUGCGUCCCUCAGCAGAGGCGAAUCCUCUUCCAGUCUAACCGACCGUAAGCGCAGGACCCUCCCCCAGCUCCCUGUGGAUGACCCCCGGGCUAAGUCCAGCAUCAAAGCUCUUGGACUGAGGUCAGAGAUCGGAGAGAAACAGGACACAGAACCCCAGGAAAAAGAGAACAAGGGAGACGGGGAGUCCCCAACUCCCAUGAGGGACGUUGAGAUGACGAGUAAACGGAAACAAAGCUCUACGUCCUCUCCAUCCAAGGCUCCUCUCCGGUCCUCUGGCACCACUGAGCGGAGGAAGAGGUCAGAGGAGAGGAAAGGAGGCGGAUCAGUAGAAGGAGAGAAGUCGGGGAAGCCUCUAGUACGCCAGGGCAGCUUCACAAUUGAGAAGCCCAGCGCUAAUGUCCCUGCAGAGCUCAUCCCACGCAUCAACAGAGGCAGCAGUGGGCGCGAACGCAGUGACUCUGUGGGCAGCAUGGAUACUGCUAUGCUCCUGAAGGACACUGAAGCUGUCAUGGCAUUCCUGGAGGCCAAACUAAGAGAUGAAAACAAACUAGACCAGAAAAGUAGUAAAACUGGUGUCCCCUCUCGAUCUGACUCCAUCUCUCCUGAGUCAGACGUUGACACGGCAAGCACAGCAAGUCAUGUGGCUGGGGAGGCAGAGAGGAAAGCAUCAGCUGGUGGAGAACAUAAACGACGUUCCUUCAGCAGCAUGCAUCGGGAGAAGAGCAACAUGAGCACAGCUUCCAAAACCAGCGUCACGAACGCAAGUGCCCGUGACCGCUUGGAUAGGAAGACUAAAACAAGAACUGCAGAGACGACAAGCCGAACUGAUGCACGGCGCUCAGUUCAGCCGUCCUCCAGAGCGCGGCAGCCUUCUGUUGAUCUCACUGAUGAUGACCAGACUUCUUCCUUCCCUAUCUCUGACAUCCUCUCCUCAGACCAGGAGACCUACUCUGGACCUAUAGGGCGCUCAGCACACGGGCGUGGCUCAGAUGACUUUCCGCAUUCCAAACUCGAUAGCAGGUCUGCUAAAACUUCUACCAAUGGAUCAUCCAAAACCAGGAGCACUCUUCAGGCAGCCACAACCUCCUCCAUGAGCAAACAGGCUUCACUGCCUCAGCCACGGCCCACAAGAGCCUCCCUUCUCCGCCGCGCCCGGCUGGGCGAUACUUCUGACACGGAUCUAGCUGAUGCAGACCGGGUGUCUGUGGCUUCUGAGGUGUCAACCACCAGCUCCACCUCUAAGCCGCCAUCCGGUCGAAAGGGAUUGUCACGACUGGACAUGCUGGCUCAGCCGCGUAGGACUCGCCUGGGCUCCAUCUCAGCCCGCAGUGACUCAGAGUGCAUUGUGACACGGAGCUCCACCUCUUCACCCCGUCUGUCAGCUGAGACUGCUCUGCGUCUGGGCCUGCGCUCGUCAACACCAACAGAGAACAGGCUGACACCCAGAAUGAGGGCCAACAGCGUGUCAAAACUGAAUGAGGCCAAGACUAAGACCACGACAUCUGGAUACUGCUCCCCCACAGGUGAGCACAUCACCUGGAUAACUUAUUUAUGGUUUAUUCUAAGAAAAAGGAUAAGAGGGAAAUGUUUUAUUAAAUGUUUUCUGAUUUUGUUAUUUCUAAAAGCAUGGUUCUGUGCAAAACAUAAUUUGGUGUACGAAUCAAGUCCACACAGUCUACACAUCAUCAUACCUCAUUUUGUCUGUGAACAUUUUGUCUUUAAACAUUUUCACUGUGUUGUGACAAACAUGUGCGUUGGUUGUCAUCGUCCAGAGAGCUCUCAGCCCGAACCUGAGGGCGGUGAUGCAGAGGAGGAGCUGAUGGUUUCCAGUAGCAGCAGGUGGAGACGUCUGCCGCCGGAGUACGGCUCCACCUCAGAGGAAGAGUUUGGCUCCAACCGGAAUUCUCCGAAGCACGGAGGGCGCUCCCACAUGCGUCCUCAUCACAUCGCCCCACACCGCAGCUCAAGACUCGGCACCGGCGCGAGCCCAGGCUCCACCGGCGCGAGCCCAGGCUCCGCCGUGGUGACGGCUCCGGGUGGAGGGGUGAUCAAACACCGCAUGAAAGAGCAAGAGGAGUACAUCAAGGACUGGACAGCACACAGCGAGGAGAUAGCCAGGUUAUUCCCCUGUGUGCGCAGGAUCAGCCAGGACCUGGCUAAGGACUUGGCCAUCUUGGCCCGUGAGAUCCACGAUGUGGCUGGCGAGAUCGACUCAGUGAGCUCAUCUGGCACGGCACCCAGCACCACCGUCAGCACCGCCGCCACCACCCCGGGAUCGGCCAUCGACACCCGGGAAGAGGUAGGCCCUGCACGUCCCACGCAGCCGGACAUACAGGCGAGCAUGAGAAAGUUGGUGGAUCGGGUGUUUGAUGAGAGCCUCAACUUCAGGAAGAUCCCGCCUGUAAUUUCAACCAAUAAGGCGCCAGAGAUCAACGGCAAGCCAGUGGAGCUCCGCCCCCGUGCCCCGGAUAGUCUGGAGCCCCGAGCUCUGAGGAGACGCACCUGGAACCGAGAGGAUGCCGUGUUGGACAGCCUGCUGCUCAAUUCAGUUUCUCAGCUGUCCACCAAGAUCAGAUACUCUAUCGACAAAACAGCAGGAAAAAUCAGGAUAUUGUUCAAAGAUAAGGACAGGAACUGGGAUGAAAUUGAGAAUAAACUGCGAUCGGAGAGUGACAUACCACUCCUGAAAACCUCUAACAAGGAGAUCUCCUCCAUUCUGCUCGAACUGAAGAGAGUUGAGAAGCAACUUCAAGUGAUCAAUGUAAUGGUCGACCCAGAUGGCACUCUGGACGCCCUGGCCAGCCUCGGCCUGACCAGCCCCACCACCCCUACAAAGCCCCUCACCACCAAAACAACCUCCCUUUCCAGCCCUAUGUCUGCUCCUUUAGCCAAAGAAUCCCUGCCGGCGAUCCUUCCUGGACUUGGAGGAUCAGCAGCCUCCGCCAGGGCUCAAGCUUCCUCUGCCAGCACAGAGGAGACUGCACGAGACCCCGGCGUGAGUUUGGGGUUAACAGGAGUCGGAGGACUGCCCUUCAACCGCAUACGGCCGAGCGGAGAGGAGGCCGUCGCACAGAAGUGAACAGAAAGUUUCCCUGAGAUCAAUGUAAAGUGAAUAAACAGGAGUCUGGAUUGGAGUGCAGGUGGCUGGUGAUCAGCGUUCGCAACAACGAAGCAUCUGCUGACUACAUCAGUCUAGGAUUAUGGGUAUAGGACACAAUUUAGCUGAGGUUUUACCAGAUCGGGCUGGAAACAAAGUGCUUCAACUGACCUAAACCCUCAACUGAUGCAUUAUGGAUACACCCUCAACGGAAAUUCACCCAUGAAUGAUUUGGAUAGUCAUAUUAUGAGCUUUUCAACUUAAAACUGACUUCCUGGCGGACAGAAGGCAGCCUGGCUGCUCUCUCUGUGGACAGAUCUCUGUGGUUGUAUAGUCUCCACUCUCCUCCUCUUGCCUUCUCCACGUGUCUGGACCCUACCUACACUAAGGACAUGCCUUAAAACACAUCCUCGAUAGUAGCAGACCCCCGUCCCCUCAAAUGAUAUACCGAACAACUUUUAAAACUUUAAUACAGUACCUUCAGACAAACAGAAUGCAUUGUAAAAUAACACUUGGAAAAUAAGUUCUGUUUACAUACACUAAGAUGAAACACAACACAAUGCAGUGAUUUAUAAGCUCUUGUUCAGUACAAAGAGUAUUUCAGCAGCCUGAAGUAUCCACUCAGUCAUACAGACAUGAUUAAUGCCGGAAACUGUUCACAAAUCAAGCAGAAUUUCAGAUGUUUUUCAUAACUCUAACCGUCCAUUGAUGCUUCUCUGAAACUGCUUCUCCCCAUCUCUCUGCUCGGGUAUUUCUCUUUCACCCGUUAGGUUUUACUCCUUCCUCUCCCCAGUAGUUUGGAAAAGUGUUUCACUCCCCGUAGCAUGUCCAGGACCGAGCUAAGAGCUUUUAUUCCUGCAAGUUGUGUGUCCGUGUUGAUCUUACUAAUACUGAAUGGUAGUUUUAAACAAUAGUAACGGCCUUUGGGAAACCAAUGAUCAUGUUGAGACAAAAUAAUCACUUACCAAAGUUAACAAGUUCAUUGAUAUUGCCAUUUUUAAACAGUUGAGCCAUUUUUAAACCCAUCUGUUGUGCAAAAGCCUGGGAAUCUUUAUUUACAAUACGGCAGUUCAUCUUAUACGUCUCACCCUCUGCAUUCCGCCCGUCUACUCUGAAUGUGAAGAGCAUUUACCAUUCAAGAAGCGUAUUCAUUAUAAUAAAACGCUCGUUUAAUCAUCGCUGCCAUAUCUUUGUUUUAUCCAUGUGACUUGGCCUGAGAGUCAGGGCCCGCAGCUAUUCGCUACAGUGCAUCCACUCAAGUGUCUCACUAUGAUUUCCAAUUGGCUUUUUAUUUUUUUGUUAAAUACUCUUUCCAGUCACAGGGGAUGUGACAUGUUUGUUUUUUUUUGUUUAAAUGAAAGCGAAGAAAAAAAACUUUAAAACAAAAUAUUUUGUAAUAUUUGGAUACUGGUAUUGUAGAUAUUGUAGACUUCUACUUGUUAAUGCUUUGAAUCGCCUCGCAAUACAUUUCAUUUAUUUGUCACCAGUACACACAAAACCUGAAGACGCAAAAGCUGCUGCAAUUGGGUUUUAAUUGAACGUGAGCGACCGACACGGAGGCUUUCUGUGGUUCAAAGUGCGUCUCUGAGGAAGGUCAGUGAGUACACGUGGACACCUCUUUGAAAACAGGCCGCUUCAUAUCAGUGUAUAUAGUUGCAUUGUUCUAUUUCCAUCAAGGGCAGAAGUUACUGAUACUGUCGUAUUGCAGAGAGCGUAUCGUUAACACAUCUCUCAUUCGCUGCUUUUCUAGUUACUUUAUGGGGACGAACCACUUUCUGAACCUUUCUUCAUCUUGUAGUCUGUGUUCUAGAGUUAAGACGACUUAAAGGCAGUAUAUUAGUACUUAGAUACUAGUGAAUUUAGGUACCAGAAUACAUGUUCAUGUCCUUCUCUUUACUGUACUGUACGAUGUUUUUCCAAUGCCUCAAAGUGCCCAUUUUGUCCAUAGGAGGGUAUUGAUUGAAAGAAAAGAAAAAGACAUAAUUGUCUAAAAGAUUUCUCUUAUUUUGCACAUCAGAUUGUGGUGUUUUUCAUACAGAAGUAGUGAAGAAGCAGUGAAAGGCUGCAUUAAAUGUCAAAUGGUUUGACAGAGAAUAUCAGAAGUGAUUGCCUUGCCUCUCUGGAACUAUUCUGUCUGUACAAACGGAGCCUCUAAUCAUCCUUUUUUUUUGUUGCUUUUCCUCCCCGUUUUAUCAAAAGAAAUGAAAUUAGGAGACUGUGAAUGCAAGGUACAUGUUUAUUUUUAAAUUCUACAUGUGUCAUCUGAUCAGUGUGCUCUGUCAUUUUUGUAAAGAAAAAAACAAUUUUAUUUAUUUUUUGUUUAAUAUUUUGUGGAUGUUUCAUGCAUUUUAUAUUUGUUCAUUUAUCUGCAUUGUUUCUUACGGUUAAUAAAACAGAGCCAUUCAC